AGCAGUGCCCUGCAGCUCCGCGUCUGAGCGGCAGCAGCGCGCGGCCCGGUGGAGUGGGUGGUGCAGGGCAGGGGUGGUAUAUCCUGUCUGACGGAGGGCGGGCCUCGCCAGUGCCAGAGAGGGACGAACCAGGGUGGAAGCGCCAGGAGCAGCUGCAGGGAGCCCUCACGCGGACCACGCAUUCUAUGGCCGUAGGGAGCCGCUGAGAGCGAGAAGAGCACGCUCCUGCCCGCCCGCUGCACCGCACCUCGCCUCGCCUCUCUGCUCUCCUAGGCCCCGGCCGCGCGCCACCCGCCUCCCGCCACCAUGAACCACUCGCCGCUCAAGACCGCCUUGGCGUACGAAUGCUUCCAGGACCAGGACAACUCCACGUUGGCUUUGCCGUCGGACCAAAAGAUGAAAACAGGCACGUCUGGCAGGCAGCGCGUGCAGGAGCAGGUGAUGAUGACCGUCAAGCGGCAGAAGUCCAAGUCUUCCCAGUCGUCCACCCUGAGCCACUCCAAUCGAGGUUCCAUGUAUGAUGGCUUGGCUGACAAUUACAACUAUGGGACCACCAGCAGGAGCAGCUACUACUCCAAGUUCCAGGCAGGGAAUGGCUCAUGGGGAUAUCCGAUCUACAAUGGAACCCUCAAGCGGGAGCCUGACAACAGGCGCUUCAGCUCCUACAGCCAGAUGGAGAACUGGAGCCGGCACUACCCCCGGGGCAGCUGUAACACCACCGGCGCAGGCAGCGACAUCUGCUUCAUGCAGAAAAUCAAGGCGAGCCGCAGUGAGCCCGACCUCUACUGUGACCCACGGGGCACCCUGCGCAAGGGCACGCUGGGCAGCAAGGGCCAGAAGACCACCCAGAACCGCUACAGCUUUUACAGCACCUGCAGUGGUCAGAAGGCCAUAAAGAAGUGCCCUGUGCGCCCGCCCUCUUGUGCCUCCAAGCAGGACCCUGUGUAUAUCCCGCCCAUCUCCUGCAACAAGGACCUGUCCUUUGGCCACUCUAGGGCCAGCUCCAAGAUCUGCAGUGAGGACAUCGAGUGCAGUGGGCUGACCAUCCCGAAGGCUGUGCAGUACCUGAGCUCCCAGGAUGAGAAGUACCAGGCCAUUGGGGCCUAUUACAUCCAGCAUACCUGCUUCCAGGAUGAAUCUGCCAAGCAACAGGUCUAUCAGCUGGGAGGCAUCUGCAAGCUGGUGGACCUCCUCCGCAGCCCCAACCAGAACGUCCAGCAGGCCGCGGCAGGGGCUCUGCGCAACCUGGUGUUCAGGAGCACCACCAACAAGCUGGAGACCCGGAGGCAGAAUGGGAUCCGCGAGGCAGUCAGCCUCCUGAGGAGAACCGGGAACGCCGAGAUCCAGAAGCAGCUGACUGGGCUGCUCUGGAACCUGUCUUCCACUGACGAGCUGAAGGAGGAGCUCAUUGCCGACGCCCUGCCUGUUCUGGCCGACCGCGUCAUCAUUCCCUUCUCUGGCUGGUGCGAUGGCAAUAGCAACAUGUCCCGGGAAGUGGUGGACCCUGAGGUCUUCUUCAAUGCCACAGGCUGCUUGAGGAACCUGAGCUCGGCCGAUGCAGGCCGCCAGACCAUGCGUAACUACUCAGGGCUCAUUGAUUCCCUCAUGGCCUAUGUCCAGAACUGUGUAGCGGCCAGCCGCUGUGACGACAAGUCUGUGGAAAACUGCAUGUGUGUUCUGCACAACCUCUCCUACCGCCUGGACGCCGAGGUGCCCACCCGCUACCGCCAGCUGGAGUAUAACGCCCGCAACGCCUACACCGAGAAGUCCUCCACCGGCUGCUUCAGCAACAAGAGCGACAAGAUGAUGAACAACAACUAUGACUGCCCCCUGCCUGAGGAAGAGACCAACCCCAAGGGCAGCGGCUGGUUGUACCAUUCAGAUGCCAUCCGCACCUACCUGAACCUCAUGGGCAAGAGCAAGAAAGAUGCUACCCUGGAGGCCUGUGCUGGUGCCCUGCAGAACCUGACAGCCAGCAAGGGGCUGAUGUCCAGUGGCAUGAGCCAGUUGAUUGGGCUGAAGGAAAAGGGCCUGCCACAAAUUGCCCGCCUCCUGCAAUCUGGCAACUCUGAUGUGGUGCGGUCCGGAGCCUCCCUCCUGAGCAACAUGUCCCGCCACCCUCUGCUGCACAGAGUGAUGGGGAACCAGGUGUUCCCGGAGGUAACCAGGCUCCUCACCAGCCACACUGGCAAUACCAGCAACUCCGAAGACAUCUUGUCCUCAGCCUGCUACACAGUGAGGAACCUGAUGGCCUCGCAGCCACAACUGGCCAAGCAGUACUUCUCCAGCAGCAUGCUCAACAACAUCAUCAACCUGUGCCGCAGCAGUGCCUCACCCAAGGCCGCAGAAGCUGCCCGGCUUCUCCUGUCUGACAUGUGGUCCAGCAAGGAACUGCAGGGUGUCCUCAGACAGCAAGGUUUCGAUAGGAACAUGCUGGGAACCUUAGCUGGGGCCAACAGCCUCAGGAACUUCACCUCCCGAUUCUAAGAAGAGACUGUCCAAGCAAGUUAGGCUUGCAGGAAGAUAUGACCCAGCUGAGAAGCCCUCAGGCCUCGCUGGAUGGGGUUUUCUGUCCAUCCUGUGCAGUAUUUGGGAAAGUUCACAAGAAACUGAGAAGAAACCUAAAAACUGUGGAUAGUGGAAAUAUUUUUAGAUUUUUUUUUUCCUUGGGGAAACUGGCAGGCAAUGGGGGUUAGGGAGGUUGGGGGCGGGGGGCUUUCUUGAGUUAAAGGGGCUUAUAUGUGAUGAUAAUAUUUCUUCCUCUGAGAAAUGGUAUAUAUAUGUGUAUAAUGUAAGUGUGUGCAUGCAUGUGCGCGUGCAUGUGUGUGUGUGUGAGUGUCUUAAAGCAUAACCACAAACUGCAAAAAGCUAGGUAAGCUAUUUUGUUGCAGCUCAUAAGGUGGUGAAAAGGACUCUCCUGUGUUUCUUACUCAUAGGCAAGGACAACAUGUGCUUUUUGGUGAGCUGCUCAUAAUUCCUGAAAUGUGUGGUGCCAGGGCAAGGGGGCCAUCACUGCAGUCAGGCCCUCAGAGGAGUCCUGCAGGCUUCCUACCAGCAGUCUCCAGGGGUGCAGGAGUAACUGGGGCUGGGCCAGCCUCCCCCCUUACAAGGCUGCUUUCCAGGAAGGGAGGUCUGGUGUAUCUCAUGGGAGAAUCUGGUGUGUCUGUAAUGUCACCCCUCCAGCAGCGCCACAAGGACUGAGGUUGGGCAGGUGUGGGGUUCCAGAGGACAGCAGGACACUCUCGUAUACUUUGCCAAAUGAGGCCUGCUCAGAGGAGUAGGAGCUGAAAGAUGGUGCCUUCCACCCUCUUGGGCUGUGUGCCCAUCAGAGCAGGCUCAGCCUGCAAAGGCCCUGCAUUCAGAGGUCUUGUAAUCUACUUGUUGCAGGAGAAAGAAGGUAAAAAGUGAUUUUUUUAAGAAAAGCUAUUUUAUUGCAGCUCUUUCCCAAGAGCUGUUCUGGGAAUGGCUGGUCUUCAUAUUCCCAGCGGAGAGGGGAACAAGUGGGGCUGGGCAUAUACCUAUUCCGGCUUCUAGUGGGAUGGAGUUGGGGUAUAGAAAUUAACCAGGAAGAUAUUUCCACCAAGCCUGCUGUGAGUCAAUUGAGGGAGUGUUUGGGGUCCCAGGAGACUUGGAGGGGGGGAGUUUGGGUAGACUAGGAAAGGAAAGUGCCAUAUCAGGGUACCGGCAAGCUCACAUCUCAGCCAGGGGCCAUGCCCCACUUCCCCUGACCCCAGCUGUCUUGUCUCCACUCUGUGAAACCCACAGGGGAUGUGAUAAACAGGGCUAUUAGGGGUAUCAGCCACAUCGAGCCCCCAGACUGUGCACUUCAGACAAGCAGCAGCAGGAGGGCUCCCGAGGGCCUUAUGAGAAAACCUGUGUGGACAUCCCUUGGUGUACACUAAGACAGAGCAGAGCCCAGCGCUCCCAAGCCUUCCUCCUUCCAGCCUCUACCUCCAUGCUAGCACUGCUGGUGUUAGAGAGGAAUUAACUUCCUGGUCUGUGCCCUUCUCUAGAAGAAUGUAAGAUGCUCCUCCUCCUCACCCCUUCUCAGCCUCCUCCCAAGUCUCUUCCUCUUCUGCACCACCCCCGAGUCCAAACCCACCUCUUGCCCCAGCAGUCAGGCUGGAAAACACUGAUGUGGACUCAGUAUGACAACUGAGAUGGGGGAAGCCAGACAUGUGAGGAUGCUGUCCUCCGAGAGGUGUCCCCGGCUGUUAGCCAGCUGUGCUGUGGUGCUGUGGGUCUGUCAUACCCUCCCUUGCUUCUGUUCACACUGGGAGGCCCACUCCUGGCUCACCUCUCCCUCUCAGGGACCCACGUGGGAGCCUGGAUCCCUGGACUGUCCUGGGCAUAGGUUUCAGGGGCCUCCUUUGUUGUUAUCAGAACCCAGAGGAAUUCUUCUCCUAAAAAAUAUGUAUGGCAUACCAAUCUGUGCGGGGCAGUGUCCUAAGCACUUAGACUACAUCAGGGAAGAACGCAGACCACAUCCCUGUCCUCAUGCGGCUUAUGUUUUCCUGGAGGAAAGCGGAGACACAAGUCCUUGGCUUUAGGGCUCCCCCAGAUGGGGGCUGUGCAGUCCGGUCAGGGCGGGAGGGGAAAUGCACCGCUGCAUGUGAACCUUACCAGCCCAGGCGGAUGCCCCUUCCCCUUAGCACUACCCUGGCCUCCUGCAUCCCCUCGCCUCAUGUUCCUCCCACCUCCAAAGAAUGAAGAGCCCAUGGGCCCAGCCCCUGCCCUGGGAACCAGGCAGCCUUCCAGACCUCAGGGGCUGAGGCAGACAGUUAGGGCAGGGCUGACUUUGGUGACAUUGCCCAUUCCCUCUCAGGCCAGCUCAGAUCACCCGGGCCUCUGACCCAGGCCUGUCACUUUGAGAGGGGCAAAACUGAGAGGGGCUUUUCCUAGAGAAAGAGAACAAGGAGCUUGCCAGGCUUCAUGUAGCCAACACCCGUCUCAGGAUUUUAAGUCCACAUUGGCCUCACACUACCAGGGCCAAUGCCCAAAAUAAGAAGUUCCAAUUUGGGGCCAAAUGAGGAAGGACACAGACUCCGCCCCCACCCUGACCCUGGGAUCUCCUGUGCUAGCGGCCAAUGACAAAUCCAGUCAUUGGCCACCAGCCACCUCUGCAGUGGGGACCACACUAGCAGCCCUGACUCCACACUCCUCCUGGGGACCCAAGAGGCAGUGUUGCUGUCUGCAUGUCCACCUUGGAAUCUGGCUGAACUGGCUGGGAGGACCAAGACUGCGGCUGGGGUGGGCAGGGAAGGGAAGCCGGGGGCUGCUGUGAGGGAUCUUGGAGCUUCCCUGUAGCCCACCUUCCCCUUGCUUCGUGUUUGUAGAGGAACCUUGUGCCGGCCAGGCCCAGUUUCCUUGUGUGAUACACUAAUGUAUUUGCUUUUUUUGGAAAUAGAGAAAAUCAAUAAAUUGCUAGUGUUUCUUUGAA